AUGACGCCUCCCGACAAGGGGGAGGACAAGAAGCAGCAUCGCAGGCUGCAGAACAGGGCCAACCAAAGAGCACGCAGACAUCGUCUGAGAGAAAAGGAUUCAAGUACCAAAAUCCUUAAUCAGGGCCCGUUUGACAUCACGCGAUGGCGUCUCAGCGGCCGCAGCACCGCCCCGCCGCCUCUCUGGCCCGUCGCUGCUGAAAACCAGAGAAUCUUGGCCCAGCUCGCAAACAUGAUCCGGCUGGAGGUUUCGGCGAGCGCGCGGGACGACAAGGAGACUUGCGAUCACGCUCUACGCUCCGCCUACGAGUCUCUCUCGUCGACGCCUUCACCCAGACAGGACCUCCUGUUGAGCUUGAUACAGUACAAUGUCCUGCGCGGAAUCUUCGACAACAAAGUCGCCAUCAUGAGUCUGGUCACGUACUUUGCCGACAGCCAGCUCCGCGUCACGUUCCAGAAGGACGACCACCCGACCCGGGCCGUCAUCCUGCCAAGGACGACGCGCGAGGCCCUCCCGCCGUCCCUCCUGCCGACAGAAUUGCAGAUGACGGCCGAGCACCCGACCUGGAUCGACGCGCUCCCGAUCCCCGGGAUGCGCGACAACCUGAUCAAGCGGGAGGGGGGCUUCGACCCCCGCGAAUUCGCCCGGGACCUUGUCGGCGACCUCCUAGACAUCACUAGGCACUACAUGCCGCAGUCCGAGAAGUACUCGGACGAUUAUCUCGGAUCCGGUCCCCUGCAGGGAGACGACGAGCUCACCACGACACGCAAGGGUCUCAUCGUAUGGGGGGAGCCGUACAACGCCGCGAACUGGGAGGUGACUCCUGGGUUCGUACGCAAGUGGCGGUGGGCCAUGGAGGGCUGUGCGUGUCUGAUGGAGUCGACUAAUCGUUGGCGGGAGAGCCGGGGCGAGGAACCUCUACCUGUGAUCUCUGCCUGCUGA